AUGACUAUUAAAUUGCUGGUGGGUGAGUGUACUUUAAAUGUCGUUAGCACGUAUGCGCUGCAAGUAGUCUUGGAUGAGGAGAUUAAAAGGCGCUUUUGGGAGGGGUUGGAUGACAUCGUUUGUAGUAUUCCGCCUACCGAGAGGUUAUUCAUAGGAGGAGAUUUCAAUGGUCAUAUUGGGUCGUCUGCAGGUUGUUAUACUGAGGUGCAUGGCGGUUUUGGUUUCGGGGAGCGAAACAGAGCGGGAAUUUUGCUGUUGGACUUUGCCAAGGCAUUCGAUCUUGUGAUUGCGAACUCAAGCUUUCCGAAGCGGGAGGAACAUUUGGCUUUUGGUGAUGGAUAUUGGCAUUAUGAUAAGGAGGAAGAAGAGGUCAAUAGGAGGCCGCCCGAGGAUUAG